AUGAUUGAUACUCAUUUACGAUGUUUAUUUGAUGGUCAUGAAUAUAGUCCAAUCUUGGGAUGUUGUAGAUGUUUAACUUGUAAAAAUUUAAAACCUUAUUGUCAAUAUUGUGUAAUAGACUUUCAUGCUGAACAUUUAAAACAAUUAUAACCAUGGUCUAAGAUUUCUGAAUGGGUUUAAUAAAAGAUUCUCUCUUAUAAGAAUAUUACAAAAUAAAUGAGAGAAAUAAAAAUAUUAUCAUAAAAUCUAGAUGAUUUGAUAUAUCCCUUAUAUAUAAAUUAAGAUAUCAAUUUAACAUAUGUUAAUUUAACUAAUUUGAAUUUAUUAAUCAUGAAAUUAAUGAAAAUAGAUAUGAUUGAAUUGUAAAUAUUACCAAAAUUAAAUGAUUUAAUGCCAUCAAUAGAACUAUUGAUUAAAUAAAUUAAAACAUUUGAUUCUAUGAUACUUUAAGAUAAUCAUUUAUAAACUUUUAUUGCUUUAUUUGAGUAAUAAGAAAUUAAAAAAGCAUAAGAAAGUAUACCAUAAGAAAUAAAUUCUAAUAAUAAAACAUAAUAAAAAUUAGAAUUUAGAAAUACAAUUGAAAAAUUGAAAAUACAUUUUACUAAACAAAAUAUAAUUAAAAAUAAAAAAAUUAAAGUAGAAAAUAAUGGAAAAACUAUUAAAAGUGGACCUGAUUGUUCUGGUUUGAUAAUAUGUGAACCUGAAAUUCCAACUGAUAUAAUAUCUAAGUUUGUAUUUUAAAUCUAAAAACAUAAAUGGGUUUGUAUUGGAGUUUGUCAUAAAUCUAUUAUUUAGAAAUAAAAAAAUGAUUUAAAUCUAACCAAAAUAGGACAUGGGUAAAUAUUAAUUAUUAUAAAUAGAACUUAUAUGAUAGAGAAUUCUGGGUCUACCUAUUCUCAUCUUGACAAGGAAAUCAAUAAUACAGAACAUACAUUUAGAUUUUCAAAUAAUGAUAUCAUUCUUAUUGAAAUAUAUAUGAAUGAUAGAAAAAUUAUAUGGAAAAAAUACUAAUCAAAUCAAAUAUUAUGGGUAAAUAAUUAUUUUGAUUAUAGAAAAUGAACUUAGAUACUACUUUAGAUUUGUAUCCAUGUGUUCAUAUAUUUAAUUCAAAAGUAGCAAUCAUAGAUGAAUACUGA